AUGCCGGAAUUUAGAAAUGGAAUUGCAAACAUUAAUAGUAAGAUAGAGAGAGAAAAAAUUGUCCAGACUUUUAUUAACGAGUUUAAGUUAUCAAUAAAAGACUUUUUCAAUGCCAGAAACAAACAGAAUGUAUUCUAUUCCCAACUUUCAAAAAAGUAUUUUAAAGCCAAAUCAUCUGAAAAAGACUUUAAAAUGAAUAUUUCUACACCAAUUGAGCGCAAUCAAACACAAUCUAUAGUUGCCCCUAACUCUUCUUUUCACGAAGUGUUUAAUUCCAAAGACUUUAAUUGCCUUAAGCCUGCUGUUGAAAAAAUCGAUCAAAAUUCACCUGCAUAUUCCAAUUGCUUGUCAAUUGAUUGUCUUGGAGAUCAAAAAGCUACUCCAACCGACUGCUUUCAAGAAAACGAAAACAUUAAUCCCAAUUAUUGUAAUAAAACAGCGUCUUUUUCUAAUAAUUCAUCUUUUAUAGAUUUUAAUGAAUCUACUGCAGAAUUGCGAUGUGAAACUCCACUUCAUAUCAAUAUUUCCACAGCUACUGCUUCAGAAAAAACCAUUAACGAAAACCGACCAUUAUCUUUUACAAAAUUCAAAGAAUCCAAUGAAUUGCAAUGUUCAACUCCACUUGUUACAAAGAACUCUAACUCAAUUAUAAAUAGGUCUGUAGAAAAUGUAGAUUAUCCCACAUCACUGCCUAUUACUGCUGAAGACGAAAAUAGUUCAACAAAGAAUAUUACUCCAGAAAAUGUAGAAUUUCCCAAAAUUUUUUCCAAUUUGCCAAAAAACAAUGAUUAUUCUAAACCACUGCAAAAAAAUGCGCACAAUAGUUCUUUUCUGCCAAUAUCUCAAUUUAAGGAUUGUACUUUUUUUGAGGGCACAUUUGAAAUUUCCAAUUCAAUUUGGACAAUAAUAUUUCAGAAUAACAAGCUCAACCGACACUAUUAUCCUUUUUAUUUUAAGCAUCAGAUAGGACAAUUUGUUAAUAAUAUUUGCCUUUUUAUAUUUAAAGGGGUUAAAUAUGCAUCGAACAAGAAAAUUAAAAUAUAUGCCGUAUGCAAACAUAAUAAUUAUGGUUGCAAAAAAUUUAAAAUUGAUGUUGAUUUGGAAACAUUGUCUGUGGUUAUUCACAGUUCAUCUAUAAAUUACUGUCACAAAUCAAAAUUAACAUCUCACGUUAAAGGUUUAGAAAGAAAAAUUACGAAAAACAACAUGCUCAAUAAAAUGCCGUUGAAUGUAAAAAAAGAGUGCAUACUAAAAUCGGAAAAAUCUUUAAUAAUAAAAGGCAAUUUGCAGGAAAUAAAAUCAGACACGACAUUUAGAAAAAUAAAGUCCGAAGCAAUGGCACAUUUCGAUCGCGACAAGGAGGACUUGUUUGAUAUGUUCAAAAUGCAGAAAGAUCACCCAGAAUACAUAAAAGAGGUGUCGGUGCCAUUCUGUGUGCAAAUCUACAGCAAGGAACAAUUAGAAUUAUUAUGUUGGCAAAAAAAAGCAGUAAACUUUGUGGUGCUACAUUUUGAUGCAACUGGUACCGUAGUAAGAAAACCAAAUGAUUUAUCGAAAAGGGUAUUCCUUUAUUCUGGUGUUAUACUUCUUUAUCAAACACAGCGCGUUGCACCCAUAUUCGAAAUGAUUACAAGCGAACACUAUGUGAAAUCAAUUUACAAAAUUUUUAUUAAUUUCCGUUUUUUUUGCGAAAAAUAUUCUCGAUGGCCACUGUUUGACGCAGUAGUCACUGAUUUCAGUUUUUCUAACAUUCACGCCAUAGUCCGUUCAUGUAAUAUGUUAACCCUGGUAGAGUACUUGACAAAAAGUUUUAACAUAUCUAUAAAUAAAAAAGAUAUUCCUGAUAAUUUAAUAACAAUACAUCUUUGUUGCGCACAUUUCCUCAAAAUGUUUUCCAAUGACGUUCAGAAGUACUUUUCUGAUACAGAUAUAUUAGUUUUUUUUAAAUAUAGAUUAGCGCAAGUUUUACAAAUGGAUAAUCUUCAGAUGAUUAAUGAAUGGUAUCUGCAUAUAUCCACUAUUUUAUCCUCCCCGUAUCACACUGAUCAGGUAACAACAUCAUUGAGCAAAUUCAAUUUUCCUUUCAGCACAAACAUAGAUGAUGAGUUCAAUUUGACAGAGACCCCAAAAUGUGACGAGGAAUUUGACAACCAAAAUCAAUCUUUAUAUCAAUUGAGCCCUUUCUAUGCGCAUUUUAAAAAUAUUUCUGAUUUAUUACAUAUUUCUUUUUCUGAUGGAGGGGAUGCUGCUAAUCGAUAUUAUGAGCCAAAAUUUUUGGAUUUACUGCAAAAAAAAUAUAUGCCAUAUUGUGCCCUUUGGACAUCAUUAAUGAUCAAAAAAUCGUUUCGCACAUGUAGAUUCAGUAAUGCAAUGGCAGAGAAUUAUUUCGGUUAUGUAAAAGGAAAUAUAUUGGAAGGAAAACAGAAUUUAAAAUCUUCAAGAUUUAUUCGAAAAAGCCGUGCAAAUGUCCUGGCAUUACAUAAAGAAGCUGCACUGAGUAUUCCAAAAUCUAAUCUAACUAGACAAAAACAACAGUUGGACAAAAAUGACGAACAUCAAAGUCAAGAAAGAUGGAAUAGAAAAAGUAGAAAAAUAAAUACGUAUUUUAUAGGAAGAUUUAUGCCCAAUGUUGAUUCCAACAAACCCGUACAGCCGAUUCAAACAAGGGAAGAAAUUACCGAACUAGCAGAUUUCACGUUUGAACCACGUCAGUGUUUGUAUUGCGGUGCUGGCCUCUUGGACGAAACGUCUUUUUGGGUGCAAUGCAACGCCUGCAGUGGCUGGGUACAUCAGGCUUGUGACGACUUUUCCCCAAAUAAAACGUAUUCAGGAGACUUCAUUUGCAAAUUAUGUGUGCCAAAUAAUUUGAAUGUGGAGAAACAUCCAUCUGAAAACAAUGAUAAAACUCUCUAUGAAGCUCAUUUAAAAACGCUGGAAUUGAACCAAACAGACUGGCGUGAAUUAGAACAGACCACAAGGAUUCAAAGAGAUUCAGCAGUUUGGCAUAGAGAGCGACGACGGAGAAUCACUGCAUCAAUUUUUGGGAAAAUUUGCAAAGCAAAAAGCGAAACUACCAAAUUGAAUUUGGUCAAAAGUAUUGUAAAUCCGAAAAAAAUCGAUCACAUUCCGUCUGUUCGAUAUGGUUCCCGUAACGAGCAGACGGCAAUUAAUAAAUAUUCCGAGUCUACAAAAAACAUCGUAGAAAAAGCAGGCCUCCAUGUACAUAAGAAAUUUCCGUUUCUAGGUGGUUCUCCUGACGGGCUUGUUGGUAACGAUGGUGUAAUUGAAGUCAAGUGUCCCUACUCAAUAAGAAAUCUUAAAAUUGAUGAGCAAUAUUUGGAUUACUUGGAAGAGAACGGCAAUUUAAAAAAAAACCACGAAUAUUACUACCAAAUACAGGGCCUCUUAGAGAUGACAAAUAGACCAUGGUGCGACUUCGUAAUUUUUACUGGUCAUGAUAUUAAAAUCCAACGAAUAUUUCGGAACACGAAGUUUUGGGCAAAUAUGUUCACAAAUUUAAAAUCAUUCUAUUUCUUUUAUUUCUUGCCCUAUGUUGUUCGACCAGAAUCCCUAAAGAUUGCCCUAGAAGAUCGAAAGUGGACCACCAUAAAAGAGAUCACCCUUUUGGAAAAUGGCCUCGUCAAUGAUACUAAUUAUUACAUCAAAACUGAGUCUAGAGACUACACUGUGGCAAUUUUUGAUAUACCAGAAUUCCAUAUUAGAGAAAUUUUAAUUUCCGAUUUCACAACUUUAAAUGUAACCACCACAAACUUUAGGGAUUCAUGGUUAACUGGCAUAAUCGUCUCGAUCGCUAUGCAUUUAUUAAAUAAUAAUAAUCACUUCCAAAUUAUAGAAGAAAUUUUGUCCACAAAUAUAUUUACAAACCAAGAACAUACGGAACACUUUUUAAAAAAAAUACGGAUUAACUCGGAUAGGAUAGCCAUGCCGGUAAUUGAGAAUAAUGAUCAUUUUUGUAUAAUUUUCAUUGAUUUCAAUAAAAAGACGUUUACUUUUAUUGACCCUAUGGGUAAUCGUUACUAUUAUUGA